CGGGCCGGUGCAGACAUGGCGGCAUGUGCGUCGGCGGCUGCAGGGGAGGAAGACUGGAUCCUACCCUCUGAAGUCGAAGUGUUAGAGUCUAUCUAUCUGGAUGAACUACAGGUGAUAAAAGGAAAUGGCAGAUCUUCACCAUGGGAGAUCUACAUCACUCUGCACCCUGCCACUGCAGAAGACCAGGAUUCACAGUAUGUCUGCUUUACUCUGGUGCUUCAGGUCCCAGCACAGUAUCCCCAUGAAGUGCCACAGAUCGCUAUCCGUAAUCCCAGAGGACUCUCAGAUGAACAGAUCCACAAGAUCUCGCAGGCGCUGAGCCACGUGGCCAAGGCUGGGCUGGGCACUGCCAUGCUCUAUGAACUCAUUGAGAAAGGGAAGGAAAUUCUCACAGAUAACAACAUCCCCCAUGGCCAGUGUGUCAUCUGCCUCUAUGGUUUCCAGGAGAAGGAGGCCUUUACCAAAACACCCUGUUACCAUUACUUCCACUGCCACUGCCUUGCUCGGUACAUCCAGCACAUGGAGCAAGAGCUGAAGGCACAAGGACAGGAACAGGAACGAAAGCAUGCCACAACCAAACAGAAGGCAGUCGGUGUACAGUGUCCGGUGUGCAGAGAACCCCUUGUGUAUGAUCUUGCUGCACUGAAAGCAGCCCCUGAACCCCAACAGCCCAUGGAGCUGUACCAGCCCAAUGCGGAAACCUUGCGCCAGCAAGAAGAGCGCAAGCGGCUCUACCAGAGGCAGCAGGAGCGGGGGGGCAUCAUUGACCUUGAGGCCGAGCGGAACCGGUACUUCAUUAGCCUUCAGCAGCCUCCUGCCCCUGUGGAACCUGAGUCAACUGUAGAUGUCUCCAGAGGAUCCCACCCACCCAGUGCCCUUGCGGCAGAACUGUCCACCUCACCAACUGCCCAACCCACCCUGCCAACUCCUCUGCCUGUUGCCACCCAGUACAUGUGUGAGAAGAUUCCAGGGGCUGGGCCAAAUCAGCAGAGGUUGGGGGAGACCCAGAAAGCUGUGCUAGAUCCCCCCCAGCCUAGUCGAGGCCCCUGGCGACAGCUGGAACAGAGGCAUUGGAAGGGAGGGGAAUGCUGUGCCCCCAAAGGUACCAGUGACACCCAGGAACUGCCACCUCCCGAGGGGCCCUUCAAGGAGCCUGUGGACCUAAAGCCAGAACCCCAUAACCAAGGGGUUGAAGGUCCACCCCAAGAAAAGGGGCCUGGCAGCUGGCAGGACUCCCCACCCCGCAGGACUCGGGACUGUGCUCGAUGGGAGCGCUCCAAAGGCCGGAUACAAGGUUCCUCCUACCCCCGCCUGCCUCGGGGCCGGGGAGGAUACAGGUCUGGUAAUCGGAGGGAGCCUAUGGGCCUGGAAUAUGAGGAUGGUUCCUAGCAGUACUGUGGGUGGACAGGGAAUUGGG